ACUCAAUUGACUAAUUGAGCCAUUUUCUUCCGGCCCGGUUUCUGGGGAAGACACGGAAUCCGGGGUUAGUUAUCUGGGGAGAAGAUCGACGAUGAAUCUUGCCGUUCGACUGUUCUGACGGACUUUUGUCCGCAAUUCGGCGGAGGCUGAGACGGGCAGAUUUCCUUUUCUAUCCGGUUUGGGGUGAUUCUAUCCGAGAUACCAAGACGCUGUUACAUUCAAAUCGUCAUUGUGGGUAGUCGAGAUGGGAGGGAGGGGUCUGUCUUAAACCUGCCCUCCCUCUCUCUUUUCUCCUCUACUCUCGCCCUCUCUUCUUUUUUGUCCUUCUCUCUCUCCAUCUUCACAAUGGCUCCUCAAAUCGUCGAUGCUCCCCCAACUACUUUUGACAUUGAAACCGUCCGGCCGGCUUCUUUGGAUGAGAAGAAGGACCCCAUCCCUCCCUACCAGCAGGAUGCCUUUGGCGAUGAGGAAUUCGCAGAAAUCAAGUACAAGGUCUUGAAGUGGUGGCAAUGCGGGUUGCUCAUGGUGGCCGAAACCGUUUCACUCGGUGUUCUCUCCCUCCCCAAGGCCGUUGCUGGCCUGGGUCUGGCCCCUGCUAUCGUCCUCCUCGUCGGUCUGGGUAUCCUGGCUACCUAUACUGGCCUCAUCAUUGGCCAAUUCAAAACAAGAUAUCCCCAGAUCUCCAACAUGGCUGAUGCUGGUGAGGUUCUUGCCGGUCGAUUCGGGCGUGAAGCUCUCGGGUUUGCUCAGAUCUUGUUUCUCGUGUUUGUCAUGGCCAGUCAUAUCCUGACCUUCACCACUGCGAUGAACACAAUCACUGAGAGUGCGACAUGCUCGAUUGUCUUUGGAGUAGUUGGUCUCAUCAUCUCGUUUGUCUGUUCCAUUCCUCGGACUUUGGAAAAGAUGUCGUGGCUUUCACUAGUUUCCUUUAUCAGUAUCCUAGCUUCGGUCUUCAUCACCAUGAUCGCAGUCGGUGUCCAAAACAACGGAGCGCCAAUGCAGGUCACUGUUGAGACAGACCUCAUCCACGGCUUUACUGCAGUCACCAACAUCGUCUUUGCCUUCUCCGGCCACGCCGCCUUCUUCGGUCUCAUGGCCGAACUCAAAGACCCCCGCGACUUCCCCAAAGCCCUCUGCCUCCUCCAAUCCAUCGACAUCUCCCUCUACAUCAUCGCCGCAAUAGUCAUCUACCGCUACACCGGCUCCGACGUAACCUCACCCGCACUCGGCUCCGCAGGCCCCCUCAUCUCCAAAAUCGCCUAUGGCGUCGCCAUCCCCACCAUCAUCAUCGCCGGCGUCAUCAACGGCCACAUCGCAUUCAAAUACGUCUACAUCCGCAUCUUCCGCGGCACGGACCGCAUGCACAAGCGCGACUGGCUCGCCGUGAGCUCGUGGAUCGGCAUCGGAUUAGGGCUGUGGAUUCUGGCGUGGAUCAUCGCCGAGGCGAUUCCGAUUUUCUCGAACCUGCUCAGUCUGAUCACGGCGCUUUUUGCGAGUUGGUUUACGUAUGGUCUUAGUGGGAUUUUUUGGUUGUAUAUGAAUAAGGGGAUUUGGUUUUCUUCGCCGAGAAAGGUGGUGCUUACCCUGUUGAAUGUUUGUAUUGUUGGGAUUGGUGGUUGUUUGUGUGGCCUUGGUCUGUACGUCUCAGGUAAAGCCAUCCACGAUAAUCCCAGCAGUGCCAGUUUCUCCUGCUCUCGGGUGGAAUAAUCCCUGUUGGUUUCUUAUGCUCAUUUCAGCGACUGGGUUGUGGCGUCUCAUAUAACUUGCAUAUUUGAUG